GCCUAAUUCACCAGCAAGCACUGUGCUGCAAAGUGUUGAAGUGGGAUUCUGUAAUGAAGGUUGUGGUGUCGUGCAUAAACUUCAUCAGAGCAAGGGGACUUAAACACAGGCAGUUCCAAGAAUUCCUGUCUGAACUGGAGUCUACGCACGGAGAUGUGCUGUACUACACAGAGGUCCGAUGGCUGAGCCGGGGCAGAGUUUUGAGGCGUUUUUACGAGCUGCUACCCGAAAUUAACGCAUUUCUUCAUUUAAAAGACAAAACGGUCCCAGAGCUGAUCGACCCAGAAUGGAAAUGGCACCUCGCAUUUUUAACAGACGUGACAGAAAUACUUAACAGCCUUAACUUGCAGCUACAAGGCGAGGGGAAACUCAUUUGCGACAUGUAUUCACACAUAAAAGCAUUUGAGGUGAAAUUAGCGCUGCUUUUGGAACAAGUGAAAAAGCGCAACUUCGUCCAUCUUCCUGCUACCCAAAACCUGUCGACAGAAAAUCCAGCGGUCCCGUUCCCAGCUGAAAAGUGCUUGGAAGCACUGGAAAUGCUGAAGGCGGAGUUCGGUGUGCGAUUCAGUGAACUACAUGUUCAUGCAAAAGAAAUCCGUCUUUUUCAGAACCCCUUUGUUGCCGACAUUGAUGAAGCCCAGCCUUCAUAUCAGUUUGAGUUGGCUGAGUUACAGAACUGUGAUGUUCUGAAAGACUCAUUCAAGCCCAACAGUCUCAUUGACUUCUAUGCCGCCCUCCCAAACGACACAUAUCCAAACAUCAAAAAACACGCAAUGAAAAUGUCCACAGUUUUUGGCAGCACGUAUAUCUGCGAGAAAACCUUUUCUCGCAUGAAACUGCUGAAAACCCCGAUGAGAUCAAGAUUGACAGAUGAACAUUUGCAUCAGUGCUUGAGACUGGCUGUAACUAGAAUGGAACCUGAUAUUCAACUUCUCACCAGCCAGAUGCAGGCCCACAGUUCACACUGAUGAACAUACAUAGGGAAGUUGAUGAGAGAGAGCUGCAAACAGCGUUGUCUACAAGCCUACUGGAACCUACAAAAGGAUUAUAAGGAAGGAACACAAGAACUUUAAGAGACUGCUCAUAUGUGUCAGAGAGAUUCUGCUCUGACAACUGAGCUGAACUUUUAUCUGUUAAGAUUGUGCAUGGCACGACAGAAAGUUAAUGUUCCAUGGCUUUUUUUUCUAUGAAGAACCCAGAGAGAGUUAUUUAGUUAUUUUUUAUUUCCUGUUUUUUCUGUGAAGAACUCAGAGAGGGUUAUUUAGUUAUUAUUUAUUUCAUUAAUAGUGUUAUUAUUUGUUUCCUGACUUUUUUUCUGUAAAGAACCUGGAAAGGGUUAUUUGGUUAUGUGUGGCUUUCUGGAAAACAAUAAAUGUUUUAAGCUCCC